CCCUCCGCAGCAGGACACCACACGGCGGCCCCCUCCACCAGGUCAAGGAGUUCAGCGCCCACUCAGCCCUAAUCCCCCUGCCUCCCGUCCACCCAUCCUAUCCUCCUUACACUCAACACCCGCUCCCCUCACAGCACCCAGCCGCACACCUCCCCCCAGAUCACAUGACCGACCUAAGCGCGGAGCCCGGCGGCGGAGUGAUACCAGGAGAGCAGCAGUGAGGAGAGUGCGUGUGAGUGCGCCCCAGCCUCCUCCAUAUUAACUAGUCCCCCUUUCACCUAUCUGAGACCGGGCGGGAGCCGCAGCCAUGCCGGGGAUGAUGGACAAGGGAACCGAAUUUCUGGGCAAGAACCGCUCCAACGGCACCAAGAGCCCGUCCAGCGCCUCCAAUGGGCACUACUCCGAGGACAGCGGCGGCAGCGACGACGAGCACGAUGUGGGCAUGAGGGUGGGAGCCGACUUCCAGGCCCGGAUCCCCGACUACGAGCCCGGUGCUACUAAGUACACGGAUAAAGAUAAUGGAGGAAUGCUGGUGUGGUCUCCUUAUCACAGUAUAACUGAUCUGAAGUUGGAUGAAUACAUUGCUAUAGCAAAAGAAAAGCAUGGCUACAACGUGGAGCAGGCUCUUGGAAUGCUUUUUUGGCACAAACACAACAUUGAAAAAUCACUUGCUGAUUUGCCCAAUUUUACUCCCUUCCCUGAUGAGUGGACGGUUGAAGAUAAAGUCUUGUUUGAACAAGCAUUUAGCUUCCAUGGAAAAAGCUUCCAUAGAAUACAGCAAAUGCUUCCUGAUAAGACCAUAGCAAGUCUGGUAAAAUACUACUACUCCUGGAAAAAAACGCGUUCUCGGACAAGUUUGAUGGAUCGGCAAGCAAGGAAAUUAGCCAGUAAAAAUAAUAAUGGUGAAAGUGAUGAAGAUGUGGAGGAAGCGCAUCCAAAGGAGGCACAAGAUACCGAUUAUGACCCUAAAAAAGAAGCGAAAAAAGAACCAAGUGGAGAAACCAUUAUUCAGCCUGUCAAGGUUGCUCUUGGUAGAAGAGAAUACCAAAGUUUACAGCACCGUCACCACUCCCAGAGGUCUAAAUGUCGUCCUCCAAAGGGAAUGUAUAUAAGUAAGGAUGAUGUAGUAGCUGUGUCCUGUAGCCCUAACGCUGCCAAUACUAUCCUUCGUCAAUUGGAUAUGGAAUUAAUAUCCCUAAAACGUCAGGUUCAGAACACUAAGCAAGUUAACAGUGCACUAAAGCAAAAGCUGGAAGGAGGCAUAGAAGAGUUCAAACCCGCAGAGUCAAAUCAGAAAAUAAAUGCUCGUUGGACGACAGAAGAACAGCUUCUCGCAGUACAAGGUGUCCGCAAAUAUGGUAAAGAUUUUCAAGCUAUUGCAGAUGUAAUUGGCAACAAGACUGUUGGUCAAGUGAAGAACUUCUUUGUAAACUACAGGCGUCGCUUUAACUUAGAGGAGGUAUUGCAGGAAUGGGAAGCAGAACAAGGAACCCAGGCCUCUAAUGGUGAUGCUUCUACUUUAGGGGAUGACACAAAAAACACUUCUCAUGUGCCAUCAGGAAAGAGCACUGAUGAAGAGGAUGAGACCCAGAGCAGUCAGCCAGCACCACCCUCCGGCCAGUCACCUCCAGCACAGCCCGUAGCCCCAGCGCCGACAGCUUCAUCAACACCCUUGAAUCAGCCUCCACCUCUUCUUCGUCCAACGCUUCCAGCAGCUCCUGCUUUACACCGGCAGCCUCCACCUCUACAGCAGCAAGCGCGAUUUGUUCAGCCAAGGCCGACCCUCAACCAGCCUCCACCUCCAUUAAUUCGCCCAGCUAGCUCUUUACCUCCUCGCCUAAACCCGAGGCCAGCGGUGACCAGUUCUGUCCAACAAGCCUCAUCUCUUAUCGGGAUUCAGACUGAACCACAGCCCACGAUGCAUUGAUGUAAAUAUCUUAACCCCCUAAACCUGGAACUUUAUUACUUUAUAUGGGAGUAACCUUGGAGCCAUUCACAAAGCUGAGUUUAUGAUGUUUAGACAACAUCAAUUUCAGACCUUUAAAAAAAAAAAGACUGUUUACCGUACAUAAAAUUGAUCCCGAAUGUAUUGUAAGCUUUUUAUAUAAAUAUAUAUAUAUACAGUCAGACAUAAGCAUUCUGUAAACCAAAGUGUUCUCAAUGUUAAGACUGAUCUGUUACGUGUUCCUGUGUGUCAUAUUUCAGCAUUUACGUGCUGACCAUAUGCAAUACAUUGCAGAUGGAUUUGAACUGUAGGUAUUUAGCUUGGUGAGAUGCAGUUUUCAUAUCAAUCUUACAGUGAAGGCAGCCAUUAGGCAUUUUAGCCACGUGUCUUGUACCUCAGUGACUAUUUGUUUCCUAGUGUUUUGUGAGUGUUGUCUCAACCAAUAAUAUGGCCUCCACUGUGUGUAGAUGAUCACUCCAUGGCUUCAUUUUUCUCCUUUUUUAAGCUCUUUUUACUUGAUAAACUUUAGAGAAAAAAAAAAUUAAAAUUCUAUGGGAAUCACUCAUCACCCCAUGAAAUAUUGCAAGGCUUUUUCUUGU